CCUCUUGUCGCCCUUGCUUCCAUCUUAUCUUUGGGAAUCUAACCUUGACCAAAAUCGGGUAAAUGAUUCCCUGACCUUGCAGCCUGCUCAACGGGCGGCAAUUCACUCUUUUGUCUACCAUGUCGAGAUCGACACCCCUCCAAAAUGACGGCCGGCCGCUUUCUAGCGGCGGCGCCUUGCCUCAGAGCCCUUCAGUCGCUGCCUCAGUGGGACUGAGCAACGCCACUGACUAUGUGUUAUCGUCCACGCCCGUCGGUGCCUCGGCUAAUUCCCUAAAUCCAAUCGCUACAGCCCACGCUCUCAAGGAUGAGCAGAAAUCCAUCUACCUAGAACUUCAGGAUGGCCAGGUGUUCCAUGGCAUCAGCUUUGGAGCCGAGAAAAGCAUCUCCGGCGAACUUGUCUUCCAAACCGGCAUGGUCGGUUAUCCUGAAUCUAUCACCGAUCCUUCGUACCGCGGUCAAAUCCUAGUCAUCACAUUCCCGCUGGUUGGUAAUUACGGAGUCCCCUCCAGAGAAACCCUGGAUGAGCUACUUGGUGAUCUUCCCAAGCAUUUCGAGUCCAACCAGAUCCAUGUCGCAGGUCUUGUUGUUGCCUCCUAUGCCGGAGAGACCUAUUCACACUACCUUGCAACCUCUUCUCUAGGAUCUUGGCUGAAGGAACAGAAUGUUCCUGCCAUGUUCGGCGUCGACACCCGCGCGCUGACAAAGAUAAUCAGAGAAGAAGGCAGCAUGCUGGGAAGAAUGUUGCACGCCAGGUCUUCUCCCCCAACUACUCUGACCAAUGGCACCAGGUCCAACUCUGCAACUCCCGACAUUCUUUCUGGACCACUUAGCUGGAGGGACCAGGUCGAGGAGGUCGAAUGGCAUGAUCAAAACAAGCGGAAUCUUGUUUCAGAAGUCUCUGUCAAAGAGCCUCGACUCAUUUCCCCUCCAGCAUCCAAAGUCUUGUCCCAUCCUUCCGGAAGACCUGUUCGAGUUGUGGUGGUCGACGUUGGCCUGAAAUACAACCAACUUCGUUGUCUCCUCUCCAGGGGAGUAGAGGUCCUAAUCGUGCCCUGGGAUUACAAUUUCCCUAAGCUCGCCGGGAAAGAUUACGAUGGUUUGUUCAUUUCCAACGGUCCCGGUGAUCCAGCAACACUCGCACCUACAGUCUCCCAUAUUGCCGAAGCUCUAAAGGAAGCCAGAACACCCAUUUUUGGCAUCUGUCUUGGUCAUCAGCUGCUCGCCCGCGCCACAGGCGCCGAAACCCUCAAAAUGAAGUUCGGUAAUCGUGGCCACAACAUCCCUUGUACAAACCUGUUGUCCGGUCGGUGCUACAUCACAUCUCAAAAUCACGGUUUUGCCGUCGAUUCCAUGACCCUCAAAGAUGGCUGGGAGGAAUUAUUCGUCAACGCAAAUGAUGGCAGCAAUGAAGGCAUUCGACAUACUUCACGCCCAUAUUUCAGCGUUCAAUUUCACCCUGAGUCUACGCCGGGCCCUCGGGAUACCGAGUUCCUGUUCGAUGUAUUCAUCGAUGCCAUCAUGAAGAGUGUUGCUUCGGCUGCCGCCUUGACCAUUCCAGUCACCUUCCCAGGUGGCGCCAUUGAUGACAAUGAUCUAGCCCAUCCGAGGGUCAAGGUUAAGAAGGUGCUUGUGCUCGGAAGUGGUGGUCUCAGCAUUGGUCAAGCCGGCGAGUUCGACUAUUCUGGCAGUCAGGCCAUCAAAGCUUUGAAACAAGAGGGUAUCUACACCGUCUUGAUCAACCCCAACAUCGCAACCAUCCAGACUUCGAAGGGUCUGGCGGACAAAGUCUACUUCCUCCCGGUGAAUGCCGACUUUGUGCGAAAGGUGAUCAAGCAUGAGAGGCCAGACGGUAUCUACUGUACAUUCGGUGGCCAGACAGCUUUGCAGGUUGGAAUUCAGCUCAAGGACGAGUUCGAAGGCCUUGGAGUUCGUGUCCUUGGAACCCCGAUCGACACCAUCAUCACCACUGAAGAUCGUGAGCUCUUUGCAAGAAGUAUGGAGUCGAUUGGCGAAAAGUGUGCCAAGUCUGCCUCUGCCUCAAGCAUUGAUGAAGCCAUGCGAGUCGUGCAAGACAUCGGAUUCCCUGUCAUCGUCCGAGCUGCUUACGCCCUCGGUGGCUUGGGUAGUGGCUUUGCUGAAGACCCUACUCAACUUCGAGAACUCUGCACAAAAGCAUUCGCCGCCAGUCCUCAAGUCUUGAUUGAACGAAGCAUGAAGGGGUGGAAGGAAAUCGAAUACGAGGUUGUCCGUGAUGCACGUGACAACUGUAUCACGGUUUGCAAUAUGGAGAACUUUGAUCCUCUGGGAAUCCACACUGGCGACUCGAUUGUCGUUGCGCCCUCUCAGACGCUUUCUGAUGAAGACUACAACAUGCUGCGAACCACCGCAGUCAACGUCAUUCGUCACCUGGGCGUCGUCGGCGAGUGUAAUAUUCAAUACGCCCUCAACCCGUUCUCCAAGGAGUAUUGUAUCAUCGAGGUCAAUGCCAGAUUGUCACGUUCGUCCGCUUUGGCCUCAAAAGCGACCGGAUACCCCUUAGCCUUCAUUGCAGCCAAACUUGGUCUAGGCAUUCCCCUGAACGAAAUUUCGAACUCUGUCACUAAAAAGACUUGUGCUUGUUUCGAGCCUUCGCUCGACUAUGUCGUUGUCAAGAUUCCACGAUGGGAUUUGAAGAAAUUCACCCGCGUGUCUACUCAGCUUGGAUCUUCUAUGAAGAGUGUUGGUGAAGUCAUGGCAAUCGGUAGAACAUUCGAAGAAGCCAUUCAGAAGGCUAUUCGCUCCGUCGACUUCCACAAUCUCGGGUUUUCAGACAUCUCCAAUCCACUUAUGUCGGUUGAUGAUGAACUUCAGACCCCUUCUGACCAGAGAAUGUUCGCCAUUGCCAAUGCCAUGCAUGCCGGAUACUCUGUGGACAAGAUCUGGGAGAUGACCAAGAUCGACAAAUGGUUCUUGUCACGACUCAAGGGCUUGAGUGAUUUUGCUAAACUCAUGUCCACCUUUAACGCAACCACAGUCCCUCCCACCUUGGUUCGAGAGGCCAAGCAGUUGGGAUUUUCCGAUCGCCAGUUGGCCAGAUGCUGGAACUCAAAUGAACUCGCAGUGAGGCGCCUCAGAGCAGAGGCCGGCAUUCAUCCUAUUGUCAAGCAAAUUGAUACCGUGGCUGCAGAGUUCCCUGCCUACACGAAUUACCUCUACCUGACCUACAACGGUACCGAGAGCGAUAUCACCUUCGAGGACCAUGGCGUCAUGGUUCUCGGAUCCGGUGUUUACCGUAUUGGUUCUUCAGUUGAAUUUGACUGGUGCUCAGUUCGAGCAAUCCGCACCCUCCGAGAGCAAGGCUAUAAGACAAUAAUGGCUAAUUUUAAUCCCGAGACCGUGUCCACUGAUUAUGAUGAAGCAGACAGGCUGUAUUUCGAGAACAUCAAUCUUGAAACAGUGUUGGACAUCUAUCAGCUUGAGUCGGCGAGUGGGGUGAUUAUUUCCAUGGGAGGGCAGACCCCUAACAACAUUGCACUGCCACUGCAUAGACUGAACGUCAAAAUCCUCGGCACUUCUCCAGAGAUGAUCGACUCGGCUGAGAACAGAUACAAAUUCUCCCGAAUGCUUGACCGAAUCGGUGUUGAUCAGCCUGCUUGGAAGGAGCUGACCAGCAUCGACGAAGCACUGGAAUUUUGCAACAAAGUCAGAUAUCCAGUCUUGGUACGGCCGUCAUAUGUUCUCUCUGGAGCGGCAAUGAACACAGUGUAUUCCAAGGACGACCUGGCCAACUACUUGAAUCAAGCAGUUGAGGUGUCGAGAGAUCACCCAGUCGUCAUUACCAAGUACAUCGAGAAUGCCAAGGAGAUCGAGAUGGACGCUGUUGCCAAAGACGGUGUCAUGGUUGGCCACUUUAUCUCCGAGCAUGUCGAAAAUGCUGGUGUGCAUUCUGGAGAUGCGACGUUAAUCUGCCCACCUCAAGAUCUUGAACCAGAAACCAUUGCAAGAAUUGAGGAGGCCACUCGCAAAAUCGGAAACGCUCUGAACGUCACUGGUCCGUACAACAUUCAAUUCAUUGCAAAGGAUAACGAGAUCAAGGUCAUUGAGUGCAAUGUUCGUGCCUCGAGGUCCUUCCCGUUCGUAUCGAAAGUCAUGGGAUUGGACUUGAUCGAACUGGCCACCAAGGUGAUUAUGGACAAGCCGAUUGUGCCAUACCCGCCUUUGAACAUUCCUGCGGGCUACGUCGGUGUCAAAGCACCUCAAUUCUCAUUCUCUCGUUUGUCUGGUGCCGAUCCCGUCUUGGGCGUGGAGAUGGCCUCGACUGGAGAAGUGGCAUCUUUUGGCCGUGAUCGUUACGAAGCCUACAUCAAAGCCACCAUCUCCACCGGCUUUAAGCUUCCCGAGAAGAACAUUUUGCUUUCGAUCGGUUCAUUCAAGGAUAAGAUGGAAAUGCUUCCAUCAGUACGCAAGCUCCACGAGAUGGGCUACAAUCUUUUUGCAACUGCCGGAACCGCAGACUUCCUUGAGGAACACGGAGUAAAAGUCAAAUUCCUGGAGGUCCUUGGAAGCGAAGACAAAGACCAGAAGUCGGAGUACUCUUUAACGCAGCAUCUGGCCAACAACAAGAUUGAUCUGUACAUCAAUCUCCCCUCGAGUAACAGAUUCAGGAGACCGGCCAACUACAUGAGCAAGGGUUAUCGCACUCGACGUAUGGCCGUGGAUUACCAGACCCCGCUGAUAACAAACGUCAAGAUUGCUAAGAUUUUGAUCGAAGCUCUUGCCAGACAUUACGAUCUAAACAUUCGUGAGAUUGACUUUCAGACUAGCCAUCGGACAGUGGUCAUUCCAGGCCUCAUCAACAUUGCAGCUUUCGUUCCUGGUGUGGCCGAGCGAGAUUCUCACGAUUUCUCUCUUGUGAGCAAAGCAUCUGUUGCGGCCGGUUUCAGCAUGAUCCGAAUCAUGCCAGUUGGAGUCCACAGUGCCGUUACUGAUGCUCGAACACUCAAGAUUGCACAAGCCAAUGCAAUCCACUGCGCCUAUGGCGAUUUCAAUCUCUCUGUAGCAGCUACCAACACUAACGCCGAUCAAAUUGUUCAUGUCAAAGGUGACGUUGGAUCGCUGUUCAUCUUGUUCAAUCACUUGUCUGGCAACAUCAACAAAGUCGCAACAGUGAGCUCCCACUUCGGCACAUGGCCAACAUACAAGCCAAUCGUCACCGAUGCCAAAGCAACAGAUCUCGCGUCCAUUCUGCUUCUGGCCAGCUUGCAUGACAGAAAGGUACACGUCAUGAAUGUCACCUCCAAAGACGACAUCAGCCUGAUUGCCCUCGCCAAAGAAAAGGGCUUGAAAGUCACAUGUGAUGUGUCUGUCUACAGUCUUUUCUUAUCACAGUCCGAGUACCCUCAAUGUCUGGCCCUACCAACGGCCAAGGAUCAAGAAGCUCUCUGGGACCACGUCGCGAUUAUCGAUGUCUUCUCGAUUGGCAGUCUCCCAUACCAGAUUGCGGGUGAAAAUGCCGUGCCUACAGUUGGCAUCGCGGAUGCACUCCCCCUUCUCCUGACGGCUGUUGCUGAAGGAAGACUGACCCUGGACGAUGUUACCAGACGCCUUUACGAUAAUCCAAAGGCGAUCUUUGAACUCCAUGAUCAGAACACAACCUCUGUCGAGAUUGAUAUCGACCGACCAUAUGUUCUCCAGGCCGGGCCUGUCUGGUCGCCAGUUGUUGGAAAGACUUUACGAGGUGCGGUUUCAAGAGUGGUAUUCCAGGGGAAAACCGUAUGCCUCGAUGGCGAAGUCUUGCUUGAUACGCCACAGGGAGCAGACAUGUCAUCGCAUUUGCUGCAUCCAAUGUCACCAGUGCAGGGAGCUUCCUCAUCACCAAUCAUUCGGGCACAGGAAAGCAAUCUUGAUCGCCGGUCAUCAAUUCUAGAAACUGCUACCUCGCCUCGUAUGCCACUCCCCAGCAGAAGCAGGCCAAUCACGAGGACCAGGAAUAUGGACGAGGUGCUGGAGUCCAACAGCCCUAUCCUGCCAAGUGCCGUAUUUCAACAACCCACGGCGCCAUCAACCAUAUCCCCAUCCCUACUUUCUCUAUUGGCUUCUUCGCCUUUCAAGAACAGACACGUCUUGUCGGUCAACCAGUACACUCGACAAGACCUUCAUAUCUUGUUCACAGUUGCUCAAGAAAUGCGACUCGGCGUUCAGCGUCAGGGUAUCUUACCCAUUCUUCCAUCACGAGUUUUAUGCACAAUGUUCUACGAACCAAGCACGCGAACCUCGUCAUCGUUUGAUGCAGCCAUGCAGCGUCUAGGUGGCCGGACAAUUGCCAUCAACACUGACCUUUCGAGUACUCAGAAGGGAGAAAGUCUUCAAGACAGUAUUCGAACAUUGGGAUGUUAUGGUGACGCGGUGGUUCUCCGUCAUCCUGAUAAUGAGUCUGCGGCCAUUGCUGCCAAAUUUUCUCCAGUGCCAAUCAUUAAUGGUGGCAAUGGCAGCCGCGAACACCCUACUCAGGCUUUCCUGGAUCUGUUCACUAUCCGGGAGGAGCUCGGAACCGUGACUGGACUUACAGUGACAUUUACUGGUGAUCUCAAGUACGGCCGAACCGUCCAUUCACUCGUGAAGCUUCUUCAAUACUACGAAGUCCGGAUCAAUCUGGUGUCGCCAAAAGCCCUUGCUUUGCCCGCCGAAGUUCGAGACCAAAUUGUGGCCAACAACAUGCUCGGCGUCGAGUCCGAAUCGCUCACGCCAGAGAUUGUUGCUAAGAGCGACGUCCUCUACUGCACCAGAGUGCAGAAAGAACGAUUCCCAUCUCUGGAAGAAUACGAGCGGCUCAAGGAUAGUCUGAUUGUGGAUAACAGUGUUCUCAAAUACGCCAAGUCCAGCAUGGUAGUGAUGCAUCCACUACCCCGCAACCGGGAAAUCAGUGAGGAAGUGGACUUUGACCAACGAGCAGCAUAUUUUAGACAGAUGCGAUAUGGGUUGUACACAAGGAUGGCUCUCCUGGCCUUGGUGCUUUCGCACUAGAGCAAGAUCGAGAUGGAAAGACAAAAGUGUGCAUAGAAUUUGCGAAAUGCCUUGGGUCUGGCUGUCAGAUUGUUGUUUUCGGCAAAGGUUGAAAUUCGUCGUUGAAUGUUGCCUCAGAUCAAAAGUAUAUAGAGCAUGUUUUAGUUUAUGGAUAGCAAAGCUGCCGUACUUAAAUAGUAUGGAUUGCUUACGAGUGAUGCGACUACGAGUAGUUUGUACAAGGCCUUGUAUGGUCAGACGGCGGAGAUGUAGACAGAAUUAUUCUGUCACCUGUAACAAUAUGAUUUGC